GUCAACCAUCCUUAGGAUUUUUGUUUAAUCUCAAGUGGGUUAUUUUUUUUAAUAAUAUACCGUCUCUCUGUUUUAUUGGGGUUUGUUAGGGAUUUACCUAAAAUUAGGUUUCAAAUUUUCAACUCUUUAAUUUGCUUAAUGCAAUGCCUCUCUCGAGUUUUGUUUUGUUUUUUUGUCCGAAAAGACCCAAACUUUAUGUAGCUGAGUUGAGUUAGGUGAAUGUUUGAUGUCUCUUGCUUGCUGGUGUUAAUUCGGAAGAACGAAGCAGAUCGUUGGUGAAAGCUUUGGAGACUUGUUAGAAACCCAAAAAUUUCAAACUUUAUGAUUUCUAGUACAAUCUCAGCCUCCCAAGUUCUUCGAGCUGAAGAAACACAUUGAAGUCAACAUUUCAAGCAAAAAAAAAAAAGAAAUGGGCUGUGUUUCUUCUUGCUUCCGGGUGGAGGAAUAUGAGGAUUACACGAACCCAACUAGUUCUAUUAAUAGAAACUCCCCUUGCCCUAGAUGUCUUGUUAACACCUUACUUAACCUGUAUGUAACUUUGUUCAGAAGAAGCGAGACCCGCUCUCUUCCAUCCUCUUUACAAGCUACUACCACUACUACUGUAUCCAUAACUUCCUCUACUUCCUAUGAUAACUUUAUGUCUAACACCUUCCACUCUACUCCAAGGCCUUUGCCUUACGACGCCGAUCCAGGAUUCUUCCGUUCACGGCUUGUCUCGAGACGCGAUAAGGGCUCAAGCCAUUCGCACGAGGAAGCUGAGCUCUUGAGAAGCGAUGCUGAUGUGGUAGACUCUGAGUCAAGCAAAUGGGCUGCUAGUAAGCUUAUGGUCUCUACUGGUGAAGAUUCCAAAGAAGACUUCUCUAAAUCCACUCGGAGGAUUCUCAAGUCGAAGUCAAUGGAUGCUGGUAGUAAUGAAGGCGUGUAUGUAAUGUCUGAUGAUGAAGAUGUUUGUCCAACAUGUCUUGAAGAGUACACAGCAGAGAACCCCAAGAUUGUUACAAAGUGUUCUCACCAUUUCCACCUUGGUUGCAUUUAUGAAUGGAUGGAGAGAAGCGAGGACUGCCCUGUUUGUGGGAAGGUGAUGGAGUUCAACGAAUCCCCUUGACUGAAUUAACAUUUGAUUCUGCCUAAACUGUAAAAGGUGGAGAUCAACAUGGCAACAUAGGGAUGUGGCUAAUUGCUUUGAUCUGUAAAUUAGUGUUCAUCAACAACAUUUUGUGUAUAAUAUAUAUAUUGACGGAAAAAUGAAAGACAUGUAAGCUAUGCAGAGUUAGAUUAUUGAGUUCUGAGGAAACGCUCACAACAACAACAACAACAACAAAAGACACAGGAAUCUGAUGUUCCUCACGAUAUGCCUCUGGUGCACUGUUCUGUCCAAGGAAGCAUUAAACUUAUUACAUCAUCUUGUAUGAAAACCUUUUAUUAAUAUGUGAUGGUUUAUAAUUUGGUUUACAUUCAAGGAGAGAUCCCAAGAUUGUAAUUCACAAUGUUUGUAAUUUAGAUUGGUGCAGUACUUUGACAAUUUAAGUAAUCAGAACAAGUUCCACACACACAUUUCAAUC